UCUGUUUCAGAGUCCACUGAAGAAGAAGAAGAAAGAGAUGGAGCGCGUGAGCUCAUGGAUGCUAGUGGUGAUGGUGAUGGUUAUGGCGGUGAGGGCAGAGCGAAAUAUUAACAGGUCGGGUGGGGUAUAUUGGUCCACUGCAGAAGAGGAGGCUCUUGCUCAGACUCAGACUCAGACUAAGGCUCGGGACGACGACACCGCCGUUACCGACCUGGACGCCGACGGCGGAUUCUCCUCGCUCGAAGGAAUGUUACAGUGGGCCAUAGGUCACUCCGAUCCUGUUCAAUUGAAAGAAACGGCGCGAGAUGUUGAGAAAUUGUCUCCUACCGACCUGAGCAACCGUCAGGUCGAGAUAAAGCAGCUCAUGGACGAGCUGAAGACGCCGUCUGAUGCGCAGUUGAUGCAGGUUGCGAUAAAUGACUUGAGCAAUUCGUCUUUGUCUCUGGAAGAUCGGCACCGCGCGCUGGAGGAGCUUCUGAUACUUGUGGAGCCAAUUGAUAAUGCAAAUGAUUUGAACAAACUUGGGGGGCUUGUUGUGGUUACUCGAGAGCUUGAUCAUUCUGAUGCAGAUACAAGGAAAAUGGCUGCAUGGGUGCUUGGGAAGGCCAGUCAAAAUAACCCAAUUGUUCAGAAGCAGGUUCUGGAACUUGGGGCACUGUCCAAGUUAAUGAAGAUGGUGAAAUCUGACUAUGCUGAAGAAGCCACAAAAGCGUUGUAUGCUGUUUCGGCCUUAAUCCGAAACAAUGUAGCUGGCCAAGAGUUGUUCUAUGAGGAAGCUGGGCAUUUACUCCUUCAGAACAUUAUGAGUGAAUCAAGCAUUGAUAUCAGACUUCGUAGAAAAGCUGUGUUCCUUCUGGGUGAUCUUGCUGAGUGUCAAUUGGAAAAUAGGGAGAAGGAUGAGCUACCCUUUUUCAGUAGUCGCAUUUUCUUGAAGUCUGUGGUUGAUCUAACAUCAUCCGCUGACCUUGAUCUGCAAGAGAAGGCGCUUGUUGCACUUAAGAAUCUUCUGCAACUCAAGACAACUGAAGCUCUGGUUUUUAAGGACUUUUGUGGGUUGGAUGGUGCAUUGGAGAGAUUGAGGCAGCGGCUGCAGGAUUUAAUGGUAGAGGAAGAGCACAGGGAUUAUGUGAUGGAUGUGGAAAGACUCUGGAGUGAAGUGCAGCAGAUUUUUGAUAGAAAGCUGGAAAAGGUGGCUACUGGACUAAGUGGUUUUGGAUUGUAAUCUGUUUACUAGUCUUAUCUGAACAAGCAUCCUGUAAUUUUGUUUGACUUAGACUCUUCUGAGCGACAACAGGUAGCAUGGCGGGUUCCCAUAUGAUGGGAAUGCGAUCCUUCACCAACAUUACUUACUUGGAGACGUCUGGUACUCUUGUGUUUAUGUGAUGCUUUUGAUCAUGGAUCUGUAUAUAUCGAACAUUUUGAUUUAGUCUUUCCCUUGAAGAAAUUUAAGGGCUAGGUUUUGGUUGUAACUCGUAGACAUAGAUUGACAGAUGAAACUUCAUGGGCAGAAAUGUUAUAUGUUAAACUGGAUCUUUUUGGAAAAUGAAUUGAUAUUGAUACAUUCAUAUCCUUCCAGAUUCA